GAGGAAGCGGCGCUCAUGGGGAUGCAAGGAUGUAGAGGUGCAAAGGGGGAGAAGAGGCCGCGCGAAGAGAGGUGGUGUGAGACCCGCGGAGGCGCCGGCCAAGGAAGGGCGCAUGGAGAGGCGGGUGGCGCGACCGGCCGGGUGCUGGCCAUUCAGGCCCGAAAGCGGAGGCCGAAAAGAGAGAAACAUCCGAAAAAGCCGGAGCCUCAGCAGAAAGCUCCCUUAGUUCCGCCACCGCCGCCUCCACCACCGCCACCGCCUCUGCCAGACCCCACGCCCCCGGAGCCAGAGGAGGAGAUCCUGGGAUCAGAUGAUGAAGAGCAGGAGGACCCCGCCGACUACUGCAAAGGUGGCUACCAUCCGGUGAAAAUUGGAGACCUCUUCAAUGGCCGCUACCAUGUCAUUAGGAAGCUAGGAUGGGGACACUUCUCAACUGUCUGGCUGUGCUGGGAUAUGCAGGGGAAAAGAUUUGUUGCAAUGAAAGUUGUAAAAAGUGCCCAGCAUUAUACAGAGACAGCCUUGGAUGAAAUAAAAUUGCUCAAAUGUGUUCGAGAAAGUGAUCCCACUGACCCAAAUAAAGACAUGGUAGUACAGUUAAUUGAUGACUUCAAGAUUUCAGGCAUGAAUGGAAUACAUGUCUGCAUGGUCUUCGAAGUGCUUGGCCACCAUCUCCUCAAGUGGAUCAUCAAGUCCAACUACCAAGGCCUCCCAGUACGUUGUGUGAAGAGUAUCAUUCGACAGGUCCUUCAGGGGUUAGAUUAUCUACACAGUAAGUGCAAGAUCAUUCAUACGGACAUAAAGCCGGAGAACAUCCUGAUGUGUGUGGAUGAUGCAUAUGUGCGAAGAAUGGCAGCUGAGGCCACCGAGUGGCAGAAAGCAGGUGCUCCUCCUCCUUCGGGGUCUGCAGUGAGUACGGCUCCACAGCAAAAACCUAUAGGAAAAAUAUCUAAGAACAAAAAGAAAAAACUGAAAAAGAAGCAGAAAAGGCAGGCUGAGUUGCUGGAAAAGCGCCUGCAGGAAAUAGAAGAAUUGGAGCGAGAAGCGGAAAGGAAAAUCAUAGAAGAAAACAUCUCAUCCGCUGUACCUUCCAAUGAACAAGACGAAGAGUACCGCCCAGAGGGGAAGCUCAAAACUGCUGGCUUAGAGGACGCAGCCGAGGGCGAGCCUGCAAAUGACAAGGGUGAGGCUGAGGACCAGGAAGAGAAAGAAGACACUGAGAAAGAAAACACUGAGAAAGAUGGAGAUGAUGUGGAACCAGAACUGACGAGCACAGACCCUGCGUGGAUAGAGUCCCCCAGAACCAACGGCCAUAUUGAGAAUGGCCCGUUCUUACUGGAGCAGCAGCUGGAUGAUGAAGAUGACGAUGAAGAAGAUUGUCCCAAUCCUGAGGAAUAUAACCUUGAUGAGCCAAAUGCAGAAAGUGAUUACACAUAUAGCAGCUCCUAUGAACAAUUCAAUGGUGAAUUGCCAAAUGGACGACAUAAAAUUCCCGAGUCACAGUUUCCAGAGUUUUCCACAUCCUUGUUCUCUGGGCCCCUAGAACCUGUGGCUUGUGGUUCUGCACUUUCCGAGGGAUCCCCGCUUACCGAGCCUGAGGAAAGCAGUCCAUCCCAUGACAGAAGCCGGACGGUUUCAGCCUCCAGCACUGGAGAUUUGCCAAAAACAAAAACCCGGGCGGCCGACUUGUUGGUGAACCCCCUGGAUCCACGGAACGCAGAUAAAAUUAGAGUUAAAAUUGCCGACCUGGGAAAUGCUUGUUGGGUGCAUAAACACUUCACAGAAGACAUCCAGACGCGUCAGUAUAGAUCCAUAGAGGUUUUAAUAGGGGCAGGUUACAGCACACCUGCUGACAUUUGGAGCACAGCAUGCAUGGCAUUUGAGCUGGCAACGGGAGAUUAUUUGUUUGAACCGCAUUCUGGGGAAGACUAUUCCAGGGAUGAAGACCACAUAGCCCACAUCAUAGAGCUGCUAGGCAGUAUCCCAAGGCACUUUGCUCUAUCUGGAAAAUAUUCUCGGGAAUUCUUCAAUCGCAGAGCAUAAUCCUCUCCCAAAAGGAGAAAUUGUGCAUUCACGUUUGGGCAGUGGAGAAAGACCUGGACCUUGUUACAGCUGGGGGAUUCUGCUGAAGAAAGCUCUCAAGAAAUAAGCUUCAACCAUCUCCCAUCUGUGGAGUACGGAUUUUGUAAGAGUACCACUUCCCGGAACCCUCGGUCUCCUCCCUGCCCUCUCCUCUCCUAAUCUAAGCCCAGUCUGUGUAUUCACGGAUUUGUGAAAAGGAGUUUAAGUGGUUUUUGGAAACCAGCUAGACUUCUCUUUCCAUUUCUCAUGUUGUUCAUGGAGCCUGAAUGUUUUUGCCGUGGAGUAGAGGCAGCCUGGGGACAGGACUUUGUGAGCGUCCCUCUGUGUCCUGCUGGGUGUGUCUGAGCUCCUUAUGACGUGGGCGCGGGCUGCUGAGACCCUGUGCCCCCUGCUCUGAGAAAUGAUGUUCUCUUCUCCCCUGCACUAUUGACAUUGUGUUAAUAGCUGAUUUACUUUAGUAAAAAGGCGCCAGGAAUUUAUUUUUAAAGAACCCCUUCCCGGCACCAUAUUGUUUUGUGUGAGCAUGUUGGACCUCUUAAUUAUGUUUUUCCAGCUUGAAUUUUUUUUGGCGGUGAGAGGGAGCAGUUGCACCCCCUUUAAUAAAGAACUUUUAAAGUUG